CGUUCACCCCACAUGGCUGCGAAGGGCAUUCCUGACCUCAGAACACUGCUGGGCUCGAGACGAGGAGGAGCGUCAAGACGCGAUGCAAGACCUCAUCGAGGCCCUCCCGAGGUCCGUCACACUGGACGUGGGAGUAACGCAGACGAUGCGGUGCGCAAUACAGAUCAGGACGCGGCGGGUUCUAGGGUGAGCUGCGUAGAUCUUGGAUAUCUUCAUGAUCCGUAUGCAAAACUCUUCGCUUUGGAACCGGCUACUCGCCGGUUACCUCUGCUCAACAGGGGAACAUAUGUGCGGACCUCUGCCAUAGACCUGCUAAUAGACAGAUUCAUGAUGGCCGCCCCUGAAACAGCCAAACAGAUUAUAUCUCUGGGUGCUGGAACGGAUACACGAUAUUUCCGUCUCUGCGACAAAUAUCCCUCCGCCAAACUCGUCUACCACGAGAUCGACUUCCCUACCAACACUGCCGCAAAGCUCGCCGCAAUCCAAAGACAUGCACAAUUGCAUUCUAAACUCCGCACAGACUCACCUCAAGACCCGGCCUCCCUUGGCCCAGGAGCGACGACAUAUCAUUCCGCGACCUACAAUGUCCAUGCGCUAGACCUACGUUCUCUCGCGCACACAAUCGCUGAUGCCACACCCCAGACUCUGCCCAACCUCGACCCGUCAAUACCCACGCUCAUACUUUCUGAGAUGUGCUUGGUAUACCUACAAGCCUCAACAGUUUCCUCGAUCAUCUCUAGAUUUGUCAACGAUUUCCUACCCACCCCAACACCAGUAUCGUUAGUCCUCUACGAGCCUAUUUUACCCAACGAUGCUUUCGGAAGAGUCAUGACCUCCAACUUGUCAUCCCGGAACAUCUAUCUUCCCACCCUAUCAGCAUAUCCCGAACUUGGCGAUCAGCGCGCCAGACUAAAACAGUAUGGUCUUGCCGAUGGUGCAAAGGCGGCAGAUAACGAGUGGAUAUGGCGGGAGUGGAUACCAGAGGAGGAAAAGGAGCGGGUGGCAGGAUUAGAGUUCCUAGACGAGAUGGAGGAGCUGGAUCUUUUGCUGAAGCACUAUUGUGUCGCGUGGGGUUGGAGGGAUGAUGGGCAAGGGGUAUUUAGUGAAGCUUGGAGAGAUAUACGGGACGCCGGAGGUUGAAAUGCAGAUGAACUGGGAGAUGGAGACAUGAAUGUUGAUGGUAAUAUCCGAAGAGCGGUUCCUGCGUCAUCAAUCUACCACUUGAUACCCUUUCACAAGACGCAAUCCUAAUACCUCGUU